CCCACUCCUUCGCAAUCCAACGUUGCAACAGCGUUCUGAAACGGCUCGCGAUCGAUACGCCAGGCAGUCGGCGCCCGCGACCAAAGAGUAUCGUUACCUCGAAAAAAGUUAAACAUACUCGCGCGAGUUAUACCGCGAAAAAAGUAUAACAAUCAAAUAGUUUGGCCGCGCGAAAAGUUUGACAAACUUUUUGGUGCUCGGUUCUUUUUUCAAAAAUGCGGUUCUGUUGGCGUUCCGCUUUGGUUCUGUUUUGUGUUUCAGUGUGUUGUGUUUACGGACAGGAUCAAAAUGUGACAGUUAAAGAUGAGUUCCCAGCCGAGCUGGACUACUACUCCAUGCCGGCUCUGUCGGAGCUGGACGACUUCGACCUCUGUAUGAGGAAACCUGGAGCCGUCUACUGCAUCGUGGACAUGGAACUACUGGAGGAUGAUACUCCGCUGUACCAGUUCAUUAAGAACUUCUCAUCGCUAACCUACAAGAACUACCGUCACAGUAAGCUCCACCGUGGAGUCUGCGGCAGCAAGCACUGCGGCCUGAACACCAGUCAUGCUGAUGUGAACCCUCAAACUGUCAGUGUUCUGAGGGACUGCUUCAACCAGAGCAUUCAUCGAGGGUACGGCUUGCAGGUAGACUCCCUUGAAGUCCGGUACUGCAAGACUCCUGAGCAAGGCAACUGGGUGUCUCCCAUCGACGCGACGGACAUCAGCAUCGGCAUUGUGUUACUGGUGCUGUUUCUAGUCAACCUGGCGUGUUCAGCCUGGUACUUCCUGUGGCCGCCGGAGAAAGGAGAAGGUAACGGAUUCGUGUUGGCGUUCUGUGUACAGAAGAACUGGAAGGCUUUGAAAUACGGCGGGAAAGCUGAUGGAGGCCUCUUCAAGUGCUUCCAGGCUUUGAGAUUCUACACUAUGGUGAUGAUCCUGGGGCUUCACUCGAUGAUCUUCAUAGGGUACGGCUACACCGCCAACCCCGAGUUUAUCGAACAUUCCUACGACGACUUCUUCAAAGCGCUCCUGUUCAACGCACGCGUCAUAGUCCAAAUCUUCUUCGUGAUGGGAGGCUUCCUGAUGGCCUACAAGAUGUUCCAGUACGCGGAGACGCAUCGGUUCACGCUGAAGAUGGUGCCCAUGGCUCUGGUUAAUCGGUGGAUCAGAUUGAUGCCCGCAGUGCUAGUAGUAGCUGGUCUCGCCAUGACGUGGGUGCCCCACAUGGGCUCAGGGCCAAUGUGGGACGCUGUCGUGGGGCGGGAACGCGAGAUGUGCCGCAAAAACUGGUGGCAACUGGCCAUAUUGAGCCCCAAUCUGUUCCCGUUUGAGUACUUGUGCUUGCCGCAGGCUUGGUACCUCGGCACAGACACCCAGCUCUUCCUAAUAACCCUGGUGAUCAUGCAUAUCAUCUGGCGUUGGCCGCGCACCGCCGUCCCACUGCUCUCCAGCGUCAUGGUCGUCAGCCUCGUCAUCCCGUUCCUGCAGAGCUACUUCAUGGACCUCCUGCCAAUCAGAGUCAGCUUGUUCCCGGAAUCCAUCCGAGACAUCUUCGGCUUCAACGACACCUUCUACCACGCGUACGUGUCGGCUCAGGGCAACUGGGCCGGCUACCACCUGGGCGUGAUCACCGCCUACUUCUACCACAAGGCGCAGACUGAGAAGUGGAACCUGCAUGAGUCUAUCUUCAUGAAGCUGCUCUUCCUAGCUUCCAUCCCGAUCGCGUGUAUCACGGUCCUGAUUGGCUGGGACCUCCACCACAGGGAGGCGAGUGCUUUUGAGGCAGCCACCUUUAACGCCUUCAACCAGAACUUGUUCGCUCUGGCCAUCUGUGUCUUCAUCAUCGGAUGCUUCUAUAGAGCUAACAAGAUCUACGUCGGAGCCGUAGAGUGGGGCCCCCUGCAGCCGCUCGGGCGCCUCUCCUACUGCGCCAUGCUGCUGCACGCCACCGUGUUGAGGACCUACGGGGGGCAGAUGAGGAGAUCGUUCUAUGCUACUGACUAUACCGCUAUCAUGCUGUUCGGAGGAAUAGUGACAGUCACAUACCUGUUCUCCCUCCCUCUCCACCUCUUCGUAGAAGCUCCGGCGUGCGCGCUUCAGAAACUCCUUCUGACGCCAAAAAGAAGACCAAAGAACGAGCAAGAAGAUGAUAACGGGAACCAAGUGAAACCCGGCAUCUCGACUGUUUCCGUGUCCACUGUGUCCACGCAUAUUUAAACAGUAUUAUUAAGGAGAAAGUAUAGAUGGGAUUGUUUCUGAAAAGUUGAUCUAUGGUUAAAAAUUAUACAAUAGCAGAUGGAACCUAAAAAGUUAACAGCUAUCAAAAUCUUUUUUUUGUGCAAGGUUUUUAGAUUUUAUAGCUUGAAAUUUCGAAACGGCUAUGUAAUAAUUAUGUGAAUGCAUAUUCGUAAUAAUGAUGGAAUUUGUUUUCUUGUAUGUGUUUUGUUCGUAUAUUGUUAAUCUAAGAUGAUCACCUUUGAAUAGCGUUUCAGAAAUAGAUGGUUGGUAGUACCUGAUAAGUAGGUAUCACAUAAUUCAGGAGGCGUUUGAUUUGAAUAUAAUAUACCUAACAUAUAAGUUUGCAAUACUUAAUUCUUCUUCUUGAAUGAUAACUGAGUAAAAUAAGAAUGAUGUAUGUAUGUAUGCAUUUUGUACGUCACUAUAUAUUUUUUAUUUAUUUGUUCCCUACUUUUUUUAUUAGGAUUGAUGAAUAUUAAAAUGAACUCAAGAAAGUCAAUUAAUAUAUUAGAGAGAAAUUAUUGAAAGAAUAAAUUAUCCCAUUUUAAUGACGAAUCAAUAAAAUUAUAUCAUAGAAUUAAGUUAAAGUAUCUACAGGGUGUUGCAAAAUGGGUAUACUAAGCCGAAAGGGUGUGACUCAGGGGGCUAUUCUGAUCAACUCACCUUCAGAAUGACCUCCUGAGUCACCCCCUUUCGGCUUAGUAUAUACUCUUUUUGCAACAUCCUGUAUAUUUUUAAGCAAUCGCCAAACUUUUUCUUCACACUGUCAUCGAAAACAAUGUAAUUAAUACCUAUGCAAAGCUCAAUUACUUAAU